CCUACACCUUCAACAUUUUCAUCCAUGACUGCUUCAACUCGGUUGCCUGUCACUCUCAUCAUCCUCUUUUUCUCUCACUUUCUUAAAGGGUCAAAUUCAGCGACAUUUACGAUAGUAAACAAGUGUAGCUUCCCGGUUUGGCCAGGGAUUUUGUCCGGCGCCGGAACGGCGCAACUCGCUACCACCGGCUUUGCCCUGCAACCCGCCCAGUCCCACGCCUUCGUCGUCCCCACCACCUGGUCCGGCCGCCUAUGGGGCCGAACCCUGUGCUCCACGGACUCCGCUGGAAAAUUCUCCUGCGUCACCGGAGACUGCGGCUCCUCCGCCGUGGAAUGCAGCGGUGGAGGCGCCACCCCGCCUGUCACACUGGCGGAGUUCACCUUGAACGGCGGCGGUGGACUGGAUUUCUACGACGUCAGCGUGGUGGACGGCUACAACCUCCCAAUGCUGGUUGAGCCACAAGGCGGCGGGGGAAACUGCACCGCGACGGGAUGCGCGGCGGACUUGAACGGAGGGUGUCCGGCGGAGCUGAAGGUGAAGGCGGCAGCGAGUGGGGAGAGCGUGGCGUGCAAGAGCGCGUGCGAAGCCUUUGGGGAUCCGCGGUAUUGUUGUAGUGGGCCCUAUGCGACGCCUGAGACAUGCAAGGCGAGCUCUUACUCGGAGUUGUUCAAGAGCGCGUGCCCACGCGCCUAUAGCUUCGCAUACGAUGAUGCCACCAGCACCUUCACUUGUGCCUCGGCGAAUUAUCUCAUCACUUUCUGUCCCUCCUCCACCAAAAGGUCGAUAAAAUCAGGAAAUGGAAAAUUCCCAGUUGCAGUAGAUAUCUCAGUUGGGCAUGGUUAUGGUGAGAAGUCACCGAAGCUAAUGAUAUUAGGUCUUGCGACUGUUUUAUUAACAAUAUGUGGGAACUGAGUUAGGUGAUGGAAGCAGUUUCACUUAGAGACUACCUCCCUCUGUAUGCAAUUGUACAGUUUACAGUAUUCAAGUGAGAUAUUGUGGUGCAUUGCAUCAUGCUUUUCAUAAUUUCGGACGGCAAUAUUGUCUUCCAUCAAUUGCCAA